GUUUUUCGGCUCAAUCAGGCCGGAAAUCGUAACACAGUGAGCGCUGUGUUCGUCAAACAAACUGAAAUAGCUACAUGGUAGUUAGAAUGUCAUUAUCACUAGCUGCAGACAUACAGUAAGUAAUAUAAAACGGCAAUGUGUAUAAAAAUCUAUUCGGUAUUAAGUGGCUGUAAUUGAUAGGAAAAGUCCAAUUUAACAGUAAAAUAUGUAUCGUGGACGGCCUCCACCUCGAGGGUAUCCGCCGCCGUACGAGGGCCGUGGUCCACCGCCCCGUGGUCUUACGCCUGGCCGGCCGUAUCCUCGGCCUCCAUUUAGAGAAGAACGGGGCAGGCCCAGACCGCCGUUUGAGGGUUACCAUGACGGACCACCUCCAGACCAGUACAGACGUUCUCCACCGCGCAGGAGGUAUACUUCAGCUGGUUCAGGAAGUCGCAGAGGACCAGGUGGUGAAUACUGGGGCAGCGGCCCUCCCCAAAGAGAAAGAUCUCCAUCUCCCCGUGGUGGCAUCCCCCCUGACCACAGUCUGGUCAUCACUGUGGGCAAUGAGUUGACUGGACCACCUGGGGUAGGGCUACCCUCAAGAGACUACCCUCCUUACCUGCCAAAGAGGUCCAGUUAUGACGGCCCUGAUGACCGUGGCCCCAGGAGGCAGAGUCCCAGCAGGGGUAGAAGCCGUCCUCGUAGCCGCAGCCCGGGAUUCGGGGGACGGAGCAAGAGCCGUCCUCGUAGCCGCAGCCCGGGAUUCGGGGGGCGGAGCAAGAGCCGUCCUCGUAGCCGCAGCCCGGGAUUCGGGGGGCAGAGCAAGAGCCGUCCUCGUAGCCGCAGCCCGGGAUUCGGGGGGCGGAGCAAGAGCCGUCCUCGUAGCCGCAGCCCGGGAAUCGGGGGGCGGAGCAAGAGCCGUCCUCGUAGCCGCAGCCCGGGAAUCGGGGGGCGGAGCAAGAGCCGUCCUCGUAGCCGCAGCCCGGGAAUCGGGGGGCGGAGUAAAAGCUGUGUCCGAAGUCGCAGCCCUGCAAUGGGGGUACGGCGCAAAAGCCACGCUCGAAGCCCCAGUCCUGAAAUGGGGGGACGGAGCAAAAGCCGCGUCAGAAGUCACAGCCCUGAAAUGAAGGGACGGAGCAAAAGCCGGGCCCGAAGCCGCAGUCCUGAAAUGGGGGGACGAAGCAAAAGCCGGGCCCGAAGCAAAAGCCCUGAAAUGGGGGGGCGGAGCAAGAGUCGUGGAAGGAGCAAGAGCCGUCCACCAAGCAGGUCCCGAAGCAGGAGUGGGAGUCAUGGCCAGAGCUAUGGACGGGCCCGCAGUAGGAGCAGAGCAAAGACUGCUGGUCCACGCAGGAGCCGCAGUGUCAGUACUAGCAGCAGUAGCAGGAGCAGCAGGCGAGGUGAUAAUAACUUAAAGAAGACAAGUGGGUUCAAGGAGCUGGAGUUGGCCCGUCGCCGCAAAGAGUUGGAAGACAUGCUGAAUAUUCCCACAAAGUCCAUCCUGAAGAGGCGCAUGGACUCUGAGACUGACUCCCCGUCAUAUGUGCAGAACAGUGAUUCUCCAAGAGUUGACCCUGCUGGUGAGGCUGAGGCAGAGCGUCUUCUCUCAGCUAUGAAAGGCAUGGACCCUAUCAUGUUGGCCACCAUGCUGGGGGAGCUGAGGGAUGACCCACACAUGGCCCAGAGUAGGCUGGACCACAGUGGGAUUGCAGGGAUCCUUGACCUGUUGGGAGGUGCACCUGCACCGCAGGAGGAGAAAAGGAAGAGGGUACCAGACAUUGACGAUGAGGAGAAGUUCCUUUAUGGCGAUGAAGAUGAUGUAGAGCGGGGCAGGGCUCCAGCAGAAGCUCCCCGUCAGCACAGUCUGUCAGAGCUCUAUGGUGAUAUUAUGAGUGAUCCGGCACGCUAUGGCACCUCACCGCACCUAGAGGGCCGUCCUGGUAUUGUAGAUCCGAGAAGCUCUCGUCAGCAACAAAUGGACAUGAGGUAUCGGCAUCAAAGCAGGUCCUCUGCCAUCCCUGACCAUAAUAUCAAGGUUGAAGAGCCUAAUGACUACCCACCAGGAACAGGGCCACUGGAAGGGAAGGAGAAGCAAGACGUGGAGGAGUACGAGAAGAUCCAGGACCUCCUCAAAACCAUCGGGCUGGACCUGGGGGUGACAGAGAUCAGCAAGAUGGCUGCCAGGACUCAGGAGCGUCUGCAUGGAAAGAAGCCCCCUCCGAAAACUCCCUCCCGUCGACCUGGCAAGAGGCGGGAUCGCCGUGACUCUUCAGGAAGCUCAGACAGGAGCAGGGGCAGGCGUAGGAGCUGCAGUGGGAGCAGCUCUAGCAGUCGUAGCGACAGCCGGAGCCGUAGUAGCAGCCGUGAUAACAGCAGGAACCGGAAGAAGUCACCCCCAUCUGACAGGCACAGCAACCAUGGGAAGACUCGAGGCGGCAGAGAGGUGAGGACUGAGGACAGUAGCUGGGGGCAGAAGGCUUCACAAGUCCCUGAAACUACUCCAGUGCCACCCACCCACCCAUCUCUCUCCAUGCCUGCCUAUGCCCAAGCCCAGGCGCAUGGUCUGGUACCACCCAACUAUCCACCUCCCGGCUAUGGGCAAUAUGGGAACUGGCCUUACAUGCCCCAACAGUGGCCCAUGUACCCACCUCCAUCUAUGGGCAUGCCACCUCAAUCUCCCAUUGAAGAUUUUCCGAAUGCUCCGCCUUUUGACAGACCAUACCUUAAAGUUAUCCAGCCAGAGUUGCACCAGGGGGGUGAUAGAAAGGCAUCAUCCAAUAUGGCCCCUCAAGAUAAUGGCAAGGACAGGAGGGUUUUAGAGGAGCGAAAUAAUGAAAGCCAAAAACAAAAGGUUCUUGAAGAACGGGAAAAACUGAGACGAGACAGAGAGAUCCGCAUGAAAAAGAAGGAUUAUCUCAUGAAGGAACUAGAGAGAUUGAGGAAACAGCAAGGGGAGCUUCUGCGCAAAAAGCGGCGUGAAAAGGAUGGCCAUAAGGACCCGUUACUGUCUGAGAUCAGUCGGCUGCAGGAAGAGGUCAUGACUCAGAUUGCUGAGCUCCGCAAAGAGCACGAGGUAGCAGAGAAGAAACGAUCCGAGCUUGACAAGGUGGCUCUCAUUCUCGGUCUACAACCAAAUGACAAGCCCCGGCGAGAGGGUAGGGGUUCUGCGGACCUUGAGCAGCCAACACACCCACCACCUCCAGAGAAAGAGAAGAAAAAGGAGCGUGCUCACAUCCGAGAGAGAUCACCUGUGGCCCAUGCCUCUGCUAAGGCAGCAUCGUCGUCCUCAAGAGCCUCUCCUGAAAAAACGAAGAAGAAAGCCCCCGCCAGUACCCAGCCUCCUGAGACUCCAGCAGACCUGUUUGAACACUAUGACGCUGGGAACCACUGGUGCAAAAGCUGCAAUGUCACCUGUGGUUCCAUGUUUGAUUUUUUCACGCACUUGCACAGCAAAUCGCACCGAAAGACUCAGGAUCCUUACAAUCGACCGUGGGCGUCAAGUUCCUCCAACAAUGACAAGAAUAAGAUUCACUCUUCAGGAGAGAAAAUGACUAAACCUGCUAAAGGAUCUGAGUUUUUGGUGCCAGUGAGGGGAUAUUAUUGCCAGCUUUGCGAGGAGUUUUGCGGGGAUGCAAUUUGCGCUGAAGAUCAUGCCACGAGUCAACCUCACAAUGAGAAAUACAAGAAACGAAUGUAUGAGUAUCCGCUCUAUGAACAGAGAAGGAACCUGGAUCGUCAAGCUGGACUCACGUUGGAAGUUAGUGACAAAAAGCACUCUGAGCUUAAACGUAAACACGAAGAGGAAGAGUCCAAAAAGAGCAAAGAGAAGGAGGAAGGGAAACCUAAACGCAGCAAAAAGGAGGAGGAGAAGUCCAAACACAAAAGGGAGGAUGAUGUGGAGAGGGUCAAGUACUGCAAAAAUGAGGAAGAAGAGAGGUAUUUGUACCGCAAGAGAGAGGAGGAGGAGGAGCGGUACAAACAUGGUAAGGAGGGAGGAGAGCGGCCCAAGUACAGUAAGAAGGAGGACGACGAGAGAUACAAGCAUGGCAAUGAGGAGGAGCGGUUCAAAAAUCGCAGGGAAGAGGAGGAAUGGUUCAAAAAUCGCAGGGAAGAGGAAGAGAGGCUCAAAAACCGUAGAGAGGAUGAAGACAGGCCUAGGUUUAGCAGGGUAGAGGAGAGACCCAAGUUUAAUUGGAGGGAUAAUGAGCAGGAGGAAGAGGAAGACCGGUCCAGAUAUGGGAAGUGGAAAGAGCCCAAUCCCAAAUGUAGCAAGAAAGAGGAGGAGAGGUAUAGAUCAGAGAGGGAGGAAGGGAAACCUAAGGAGGAAAGACAAUCAAGAAAAGAGAAGGGUGGGUGUCAAAGGGAGGAGACGUCAGGAUCUAGAAAGCAGUCUGAGCCUGAGAAACCCAGUGACCCUCCCAAAGUGUUCUGUGGUCCUAAUCCAGCAUUGAGAGCAAAGCUGCGCAAGAAAAGUGAGGAAACAGCCAAAGUGGAGCCAAAGGUUCCAUCUGCCUUCGGUAAGUUCAGCUGGAAAAAAAAAUUAGAAAAUGAGCUUGCGAAGGAGGCUGAGAGAGUGGCUGUUGAGUUUCUGAAGGAAGAUGAGGAGGUUGAAGAGGAUGACGACCCAGAUGCAUUUUCAAAGUCUUUGGCCGCAGCCAAGAGCAUUGCUAUCAAACUGUCAGGGAAGACAGUCAUCUCCCCAACUAGCGCAUGGGUACCCUUCAACUCUGGGAAAAUACGCCCAAACCUUCCUGCUCCUUCCACAGUCCUGAGAAAACCCUCUGGACUUGGGCCCUGGGUAUAUGCUAAACCGGCCCCUCUCAACACCUUUCUCUCUAUCAGACCACCCGGUGACGGUGACAGUGACGUGACACCUCUGCCUGUCAUACAGAACCAGCCUAAAAAUGACCCAGUACUGGCAGCAGACAUCAUUUCCAAAGCUUUCUGUGGUGAGGAAGUGGAUUUGAAGAAGUCAGCAGAGGGCACUGGGAAGCCAGGUCCCACUUCACCAGAUGAAAAGAAAGCUUCCUCAGCAGAGUCUUUUAGUCAAGCCUCCACAUCUACUCCUUCAGCAGUGAUGCCCGAGUUCAAGACUCCCCUGCCUCCCCUGACCAUGAUGACCAUGAAGUUUGAUGUAUCUGCACCAGGAGUCCCUGAGAGUGAGCAGAAUGUCCCUGUGAUGGUCACACCCCCUCCUUUCAUGCAGAGACCCCCAAGUGAGGUGAUGAACAAAUCAGAAAAACCAAAGUCUAAUCUAGCUGCCGCAAAAGCCCAAGAUUUAUUUGACAUAUUCUAUAGCAGCAUUACCACAGCCAGUACCACAUCCAUCACCAGCACAGCCACUAAAGCAGUUGUAGACUCCAAAGGUGAAACAAAUGACUCAAAGAACAGCGAAGCCUUGGCGACUACGGCCUCACAAAUGGAGCAAACCCAACCCGAGCUAGCAGCUCUUGAGAACAGUAACACCAUUGAAACUGAAACUCAGGAGUCCGAGACUGAGAGUGGGUUUGACCCACAGGCCACUAAAGCAGUGGCAGAGUCCAAAGCUGCCCUGAAUAACUCAAAUAACAGCGAAGCCUUGGAAGCUACGGCCCCACAAACAGAGCAAACCCAACCCGAGCUCCCAGAUCUUGACAACCGUAACACGGUUGAAACCGACACUCAGGAGUCAAUGGAGACUGAGAGUGGGUUUGACCCGCAGGCCACUAAAGCAGUGGCAGAGUCCAAAGCUGCACUGAAUAACUCAAAUAACAGCGAUGCCUUGGAGGGUACGGCCCCACAAACAGAGCAAACCCAACCCGAGCUCCCAGAUGUUGACAACCGUAACGCGGUUGAAACCGACACUCAGGAGUCAAUGGAGACUGAGAGUGGGUUUGACCCGCAGGCCACUAAAGCAGUUGUAGAGUCCAAAGCUGCCCUGAAUGACUCAAAUAACACUGAAGCCUUGGAGGGUACGGCCCCACAAACAGAGCAAACCCAACCAGAGUUCACAGCUCUUGACAACAGUAACACCAUUGAAACCAACACUCAGGAGUCAAUGGAGACUGAGAGUCGGUCUGACCCGCAGCCCAAGGAAGAGACUCCUGAGGAUGCCCCCGUACAACUGGAUAACCCAUCAGAUUCUCUUGGUAUCUCAACAGAGACCCUGGAUCUCCCAACAGAAGUGCUGGGCUUAGACCUCUUUGAUUUUAAUCUUGAUUAACAGACUCCACUAGACAGCAGGCCGUUGGAAAUUUGUGUUUUUAGGUAGUUGAUGGGAUUAGACGGGAACAAGUAGCAACCCACACAAAUACUGCUGAUUCGGAAACUAAGCCCUGUUAACUUGAUGGCCCUAGCAGGCAGCUCGAAUUUGAAUGGAGUGAAACUUCCACUAAAAGACUUGACUUUCAUAUUAAGUGAUGAAUCUUCAGAACUUUAGAAGCUUGUUCUGCAAGCCUUUUGUCUUGAGAAUUUUACUUCUUCGUUCAGCAAAACCUUUCUUUACUUCUUAAAAGGUAAUGUACUGUACCAUGCUUAUUGAUUACUAUGGUUUUUGGUAUAUCCACCUUCAGACUCUUAAGAAAUCUGUUCUUUUCUCUUUAAAUGAUUGAAAGGUAUUUUAAUACAGGAACAAGAACUCACGUUUAAGAAGAAAACAGAAUUUGGUAAGGUAGUGCAGCAUGGACCAAAAGAUAUCCGAACAUGGCUUUCUUUGACAAUUACACCAUGUAAUAUCUGUCACUCUUUACAGCACCCUCCAGAAAAGAAGAUGUGGAUAUAGAUACUCAUGAACAUAACCUUGGAAUUGUUGAUCUUUUAAAAAAAAACUAAUUUGUUCACUGACUUUACUAUGCUCAAUGUUAUUCUGUGUUAGUAAAAAGAAAAAAAUGGUUGUCCUUUAUCUGUUGUUGCUAAAGUAGAGUUCAAAUAAAUUUCAGUGACCACAACAUUUUCUCUGUUAUUUCUCAGACCUUGUAAUCAGACAUUGGAAACAUAAAACAUCAUUAUGGUGUGCUUAAGGUUGGGUAGGUUACUUUCUAAAUGUAAUCCCUUAGUUACUAGUUUCCUGUCCCAAAUCGUAAUCAGUAAUGUAACUUGAUUACAUUGUUACUUUUAGAUUACUUUCCCCUUAAGAGGCAAUAGAAGAAGACAAAAAUGUAUGCUACCAAUUGAAUGACAUCUAUUGAAGCAUCAAUCAAUGUUCAAGUUUACAUAGUUGGCCAUAUAUGGAUGUCAAAUUUUUCUUUAUGGGUUGGUUAUGUAGGCUUCUUCUAACCCAUCGCUUUCUACUACAUAUAAUAAAUCAUCUUAACAUUAAAAGCCAACAUCUAUCUCUGGCAUUCCAAUAAAUGUUAUACCCCUUGAUCUUAAAGAAUAGGACUUGGAAAUAUGGAUGUAUAGAUUAGCCAAAUUGUUUUACCUGAGCAUAACCUCAAAACUAAGGACUUAUUAGCCAGCCCUACUCUGUUUAUGAUUUUGUUGUCAUGGAGACUGAUUGGGCUCAUUGAUUCGAGUUGAAAAAUAAAUGCUGCGCUCAUGGAAUGGCAUACUUUGAGCACUACUGAAAAGUGCUAUUUACAUUUGAAAAGUGAAUGUCAUAUGCUACAUUCGCUAAAGGCCUGUUUGCCUGUUUGUUGGUGGCACUUUAAACAGCUGCAUAUUAUCAAGAUAUCAAAGGUAAAAUCAACAGAUGAAACAAUAAAAUGGUUUCCCUGCCUCUUUUGGUGAAAAGCUGAGUGAUGGGCCUGGAGAAAUGUAACCACUCUCAGAUAAAUAGACAGCUAUGGAUGCAGGGACUGACCAUCCAUGAUAUAACGUUUUUUAACCAUGUUAUGCUAUACAGUAUUUGUUUACAUUCACAAUGUUUACAAACAUUGGAGUAAAACAAGCUUAUAUUUUGGGUUCCCAUGGAGUGUGACAGUUGAACUUAAUUCAUGAGUCAUUUUUAACUUAUUCUUCAAGAAUCAAUGUGUGUGUAUGUAUGUGUGUAUAUAUAUAUGUGUAUGUAUAUGUGUGUAUAUAUAUAUGUGUAUGUAUAUGUGUGUAUAUAUAUAUAUAUAUAUAUAUAUAUAUAUACACAUACGUGUGUAUAUGUAGCAACUACAGAUAGACUUAAAGGGGCAGUCAAAAGUGCAAAUUUGAGCGUGUGUCGAUUAGACCUAUGGAUUUAUUUGUUGACAGUGUGCAUUAGAUUGGGCAAUAAAAGCCCCACUUUUAUUCCAUAGGCUGGGAUCCGCACUUCGGAGCUGUUUCAAGAGCGCAAUUUUCACUGGCUGUCACCUGGUUUCAAAAACAAUGAUUUGAUAGACAACUUAAACUUCUUGAAUUCAACCAUUAUUAGGUUCAAAUACACAUUUAGAUUUGUGAACAGCCAUCCACAACAACCACAAUCCGUAAGGCGAAAAUAGCUAAAUGAGAGUAGCAGUGUGAUUCAUAUCAAUGCGCUAAGUAGAUAUCAAUAAUAACUGAUAUCUGUAUCGCCGUAGACUACACCACUGCUGUCAUCCUUUACCAAGCGUUUAUUCAAAUUGGAUAAUCUUUGGAUAACUAUUGGAAGACAUAGCUUGGGACUGUAGCCAACAAAAGCCUAUUCCCGGGUUCCAUUAAACAUAUUUGGUUUUUCAUCAUAGAUGGUCAGACUCGCUCAGGUGGAACGGAUUUAAAUGUGUGCCUUUUUUUUCCAAUGCUGGUUUGAAUGUCAUUGAGAAAACAGAAGUGUCAAAUAUUUUUUUCUGCUAACAUACUUUCUGAAUGUAAAAGUAAUCUAGUUUUUCAAAAGUAACUGUACUCCGAUUACAAUAUUGUUUUGCUGGUAACGGAUUACAGUUACCGUUUUUGUAAUCCCUUACCUGUAAAAAUCAGAUUUUGUAAUUCCUUACAUGUAAGGGAUUACAAAAUUAUGUGUAAUCCGUUACUCCCCAACCCUGGGUAUGUCCAUUGCAGUCGAAAGGAAUUCUGAAGGAAAAACCUCAGUGGCAGCAAUUCAGAAAGGAACAGAACAAUGUUGUUAUUAUGUAUUUAUGUAUGUACAUAGGUGUUCUUUCUAAUUGUGUGGAUGACAAUGUUUUUGUCACUUACCUGUGUAUGAGUAGUAUGGCAAAGCUGAGGGCAGCAUGAACAAGGCUUUUGGCUCAUAGUUAAACACUAUUACUUUAAGAAUUAAUUAUAGAAUUCUGAAAGGAAUUGAUUGGACUUGGGUUAAAAAGGUAGACCAUAUCUGAAGUUUCUGCAUAAUGUUAUGUUCAACAAUGCCUGCUGGGAGAUCAGUCUUCUCUUCAGAAAAAGGUAAGGCCACUCUAAACAAUUAAGAUUUGAUUUUCCUGUGAAUGUUCAGUGAAAUGUGGAUCGAAUAAGGCAACACAAUCUAUACAUGAGGGGAAUUUAUCUACUUGUUACAUAUGUUAAACCAGGGACAGUCUGUCAUAGGAUAUUGCUGUUCUCUGUCUCAUAACAGUCAUUACUCUGUCACUGAAUAAUUAUUCAGCUGUACUGAAAUGCUCAUUUCUAUUCAUGUAUUUUAUUGACUGUGGUUAAUACUCUAUCGCCACUGGUACCAUAUCAGUGAAUUAUUGCUCACUGUAAGAUCUUUGGAGCAUGGCCUAAACUGUUUGGCUUAUUUACUCUGUAUGUGUUUAAAACCUUGCUCAACCAAUGUCAUUUCAUUUUCCGAAUAAAUUAUCUUGAAGGGAA